GAAUUGUAUCCCAGUUACGGAAUAAUACGCGAAAUAAUCGUCAUCAAUAGCACAACACACUUCCUUUUACGGUUGUGCCAAACAAACUCGUAUAGUGACUUCUAUGAAGCUUACGAAGUUCACGUCAUGGAAAUCGAUGAGUUGGUACCAUUAGAAGACUGCUUCACACACACUACCUUCUCGUUUUGGUCACCGUAUGGCAAAGCUCAAAAAUAUAUUUCUCGGAGGUUCUACAAUCAGGACUAUUGAAGCUCAUAAUUUGUACCAAAAGUCGAGAGGAAAUCGAUAACGUUGAGACAUUCAUGGAGAUAAACGAACAGGACUUCAAACGACUGAACCUAACAACCAAGAUGAUAAAGAUCGUAACGAAAAUUCAAGACCAACAGCGCAACAACGAUGAAACCGAAGAAUGGAUUAAAGAAGAAAAGCCCCUGCAUGGUUCUAACAACGACAACCCACGAAGUAACAAAACGUCUGGAGUUCAAAUCGUCGAUCCGGAUAAUCCUUUUGCUGGCAUCAAUCUGGAACAGGUUUGUAAAUUUUUAAAAUUGUUAAUAAUUCAUCAUAAUGAACCAUGGUUUAUACGUUUUACAGGUUAUCAACAUUGAUACAGUUUUUGAUAAAACAGUUGAAGGGGUACUGGUCAUGGAAGCAUUGAGAGAAAAUCCACGUCCGAACGAAUCAAUCCUCAAAGAAAUCAACAAAAUCCUAUGUGAAUGUCUGCGAUCGUUGUAUGGUUGGUAAGUAGCCAAUUAUAUAACAUAGACAAAUGAACGUAAACGUAUUUUUUAGUUGCUUAUAUUUCAAACAUUUUGAUGUAAGCAUUUCAAAUUGUCAACUCGUAUAAGCAUUCCCAAUCAUAUUUUCAAAUAGUGCAUGAUCCACAUAAAAACUAAUAGCUUAUUGUCAUUUUCAUUUCAUAUAUUCAUUUUGUACGUUUCGAUGAUUACGUCUAUUUGUCUAUGAGAUCGUAGUAAUUUCACACUACGUCCUACAACAUGAUGGAGACGCACAGUGACUUGUAAAAUUGUAUAAUUUCCAAUGCAACAACCGCAUAUUCGUCUCACUUUUAUCGAAUGCUUAAUCGUGUAGCUGGUGACCGGUAGGGUGGGGGACUAUUUGGGUAGAGAGCCUUAUAUUGGACAUUUUGCGUUAUAAUGCGUUAUAUAUUCAAUGUAGCACCAAUUAGCAUAUUUUUUAUGCACGGGGACAUGUGUGCCCAGCUGUGUACACAAAUACGUGUCAUUUGAUUUGAAAUUGUAUGAAUUGUCACUAACAGUGCCCAAAAAAUACCCCUGCCCAAAUGGUCCCUCACCUUAGUACUAUGAAAAGCAAUAAUUUACUUUGUCUCCUAGUGCUGUUUUGUAAAAUACAUGCAAAUAGGAUGGAGUUUGCUAUUCGUUUUCAUGUCACUCUAAUAAUCUUGAAAAUAUUGUGCUUUUCUGUUUCAGUCGGCCAAGCAACUUUUACAAGAACGAAAUUGCUCUAUCGCUUGUUCGCACUUAUCCCAGUCUUGCAUCCAUCAAUCCAGGCGUUCCUCAGGUAGAGUAUAAUCAUCAUCGCUCAUUUUUCUGCCAUCCAAUUGAUGAAAUCCUAUGUUUUCACAAUCUUCUAGGCACUGUGGUUUCAUCCUAACGCACGAGGAACCAACCGCCACGCUUGUCGCUUAUUCUACCACAUGGAGUACAUCGCAAGGAAAUCGGAUGAGCGUGUAGUAAAACGACGACGACUUGAUGAACCUUCAAAUACCGAUGCUGCCCCUGGGGUUUCUUCGGAAAACUCAGAAAAAACGUUGACCUCCAUGAAUUGGUAUACCUAUAAAUAAGCUCAAAAUAGAAUUGAGGAGUAAUUGAUUACUUUAUUGCAUUUCAGAUUCUUGAGUUGAAGACAAUCGUUCCAUAUGCUCAAAUGAAGUCCCGGGUCCUUGAGCUGUGGGGCAAUACGUUUUCCAUUCGUCAGCAGCAUCGGCAGCAAGGAAAUUUUUAUGACUUCAUCAUGGACUUCCCAGUGUUUACAGCGUUUGACGGAGAGAUGGUUACACACGAUUUCGAAAAGUUGAAGCCGGACGCAGAAUCGUUUGCUUCUUCUUGGCCAACGCUGGAAGCGAAGAUACUGGAUCGACACAAGGAAUGCUUCAAGGAGGUGAAAACUGAUUUUGUUCGUGCUGUGGCGAUUACUCGACAGAAAAAUCCAUCCCGUGGUUCAAAGAGAACGAACCAAGACGAAACCUCAAGGAAAAAUCCUCUCAAAGGGAUUAUUGAGUGGAUUGAGGCUGAAGACAAUUUCACCGCGCAACAUCCGUUACUGCCAACUCUUUACGUUCGUGGGCUGUUUCUGGAGGACUCGAGUGACUGUGCCAUCUGUUGGAAUAACCUGACUAUUCCAAUUAUCAAGGACCUGAAGAAUGCAUUUGAAGUAUUCAUCAAAUGUUUCUAUGCCUUCAACGUUGCGCCAGCACCAUCUGACAAGCAGUUUUUCCUGUUUUUCGGAUCCGUCCUUGGUGUUGAAACGUUGAGCACAACUGGCACAAAGUUUAUGCAUGCGUUGUCAUAAAUUUUCACGAGGGCAGCGCUAUUUUUGUUUGAACAGAAUUUCAUGAAAUGUAUCCCUAAUUUUUCAUCACGAACAAGCUAAACAAGAGAAAAAUAAAAAGAAAGCAUAAAAUGUCCCCAAAAUACAAACAAAGCAUUAUUUAAAACUAAUCCGAAAUUUCUUCGAGCCCAAUAUUUUUAUCCCAAUAGAAAACUAAAUAUUACCGAAAACCUUCGGUACAGCAUUAAU